AUACUGGCAAUAGGCAAUAAAUAGCCCAUACUCUGCUUCCCAAAUCCCAAUACGAUUACCAGACAGCUCAGCUCUGACCGCGAUCACCACCUCUCUCCGUCUCGGCCGGCGAAUUUAUCCAUCGCCGCCGUUCUCGGAACUCUCGAGGUUGGCGCUUGAUAUGGAGUCGUUAGUGGAGGCGACGUCGGGUGCGGUUGGUGCGCUGGUUAGCACCACCAUCUUGUAUCCGCUCGACACCUGCAAAACUAGGUAUCAAGCUGAGAAUCGAGCUCAUCAACAUCAGAGAUACAGGAAUAUUUCAGAUGUUUUGUGGGAAGCAAUAUCCCAAGGUCAAGUACUGUCUUUGUACCAGGGCCUGGGCACGAAGAACCUGCAGUCCUUCAUUUCACAGUUUAUCUACUUCUAUGGGUAUAGCUUUUUUAAGAGGCUGUACUUGAGAGAAAGCAAAUCUAAAUCCAUAGGAACUGCUGCUAACUUAUUAAUUGCUGCUGCUGCUGGUGCAUGCACAGUCAUAGCGACACAGCCUCUUGAUACAGCAUCUUCAAGAAUGCAAACAAGUGAUUUUGGAAAAUCAAAAGGCUUGUGGAAAUCUCUCUCAGAGGGCACUUUCAGCGAUGCAUUUGACGGUCUGGGAAUUUCCCUUCUACUUACUGCAAAUCCAUCCAUACAGUAUACAGUAUUUGAUCAGUUAAAAAAUAGGCUUCUAAAGAGUAGUGUGAAUAAACAAACGGAUGAGGUGUCAUCUCCAGAAGCUAUUUCUGCUUUCUCUGCUUUUGCUUACGGUGCAGUCUCGAAAUGUAUUGCUACCUGUUUAACUUAUCCAGCUAUAAGGUGUAAAGUGGUGAUCCAGUCAGCAAAAUCAGAUGAGAGUGAAGAUGGUAAGCCCAAAUCACGACCCCGUAAAUCUAUAACUGGAACACUUUGUUCAAUCUGGGAAAGAGAAGGGAUACUCGGCUUCUUCAAAGGGCUGCAGGCACAAAUGCUGAAAACAGUCCUGAGCUCAGCACUGCUUUUGAUGAUAAAGGAGAAAGUUACGAAGACCACAUGGGUCCUAAUGAUCGCACUAAGGAGGUUUAUGUUGACGAGACCCAACCUAAAGAGUUCUUGAAGAAAUCUUGUUGAAUCAGUGAAAUGUUUGUUCACCUUGAUAAGUACAAUAAAUAUGAAAAAAAAAAUGAGACUUUUAAGGAUUAUAAUAUAGCAAAAUAUUGUUUCAGUGUAACAGAUUGAAAAUGUCCAAAUUCUCAACUUUGAUUGAUUUUAUUUUGUUGUAUCAA